UCUGUUUUUGCCUCUUAGAAUUUACGAUUUUCUGCGCAUCAACAAGGAAGACAUCUUGGCUCCAGAUUCAAAGGAAGAAAUACUCCUAAACCACCUUCCUUGAGCUUCUUACGCUAAUAAAGCAGGAUGCCUGGGUUGAUCUACGGCCUCUCACGUGAAGUGACCAUGUCAGUCCUCCCUAGACUCAACGUAGAAGAGCUGCUAUUCGAACUCAGCAGAAGGGUGAAAAACCUGGACAGGGAGAACACCAUCAAGGACAGACUGGUCGGCAUCCUUAGGGAUGUCAUGUUGGAGGAAUACCAUCAGUUGGGGAGGAAGGCAGAAGGAAGUUUUCCAAACGAAGUGACCAUAACGCUACCCGUACAACAAGAACACGAGACGCUAACCCUGCAAGAGAUCAUCCCAGCUGCAUACGCUGAAGCAAUUACAUGUAUAACUUCAUCUUCUGACGACACACCAUCUUUCAGUACCCAGUUGCUUGAUACAAGUAGCACAAUGGGUACUUAUUCUACGGCAACUCCUUUGGAUGGUGAUGAAAAUGCAACUCCGGAUCAGGGCGCAGCACCUAUUCUACCCGACGCUGAAACACAAGCUGAUAGCAGGCCUUUUAUGUGUGACAAGUGUGGUUAUAGGGCAACGAAUAACGGAAACCUUGCCACGCACAUGAAAAGGCAUUCUGCUGUGAAACCGUUUAAGUGUAGUAACUGCAAGUUCAAGACAGCAAUUAAAAGCGACCUUGUGAAGCAUUUGAAAGUGCACUCGGGCUUGAGACCACACAGGUGUGAACUCUGUGACUAUAAGACCUACCGAAAGUCGGACGUUAAGAAACACAUGUUCGUGCACACUGGUGCGAAGCCCCUCAAGUGUGAAAGAUGCGACUACAGAACGGCUCACAAACCCGCUCUCACUGUACACAUGAGGCGUCACACUGGUGAGAAGCCCUACUGUUGUCAAGUGUGUGACUUCAGGACUACUGACACGGGCAGCCUCAUUCGACAUAUGAAAAACAAGCACAAUGAAUAUAACUUAGCCAGGGUACGAGAACCCUACCACAAAUGAGUGAGAAUCCUUUCGGCCAGAGAAGCCUUACGCCAGGUGCUAACAGCACUGGCAUCUUAGCUCUAGUUUCUCCUCACUAGCAUACACGUAUAGAUGAAGAAAAAAUGAACCAAAUAAGAUACAAAUGUAAAAUCACUGUCUAUCAGUCACCAGUUGUAUCUGUAUACUAGUGUGUACACUGUACAGCACCAGAAAUAUAUGGUGUAAAUUUGCAUGACUUUUUUUCAGUACUUGAACUUUAAGCAUACUUUGUUACUGAGAAACCUUGUUUCAAUUGUAUAUAUUAUAAUUUUGAGCUCUGUCCCUGUGUGAUUUAGCUCAAAGUUUGUUUAGCUCAACGUUUCAGCUGUAUGUAUUUUGGGCUUGGUUCCUAAGGUUUAGCUCAAAGUUUGUUUUCAUGUAAUUAGAUGAGAGCAGUAAAAGUUAGCAAAACAAUGUAGAUGUGAUAUUUUAAAUUUAGCAUCUUUACUUGUUCUGGUGUCAUGUUACAACCUUGUCUGCUGUGUCUCUAUACUUGACAACAGGAAUAAAGUUG